AAGAGCUCAUGUGAUGGAUAAAAUCCAGACUGGUCUAUGAAGAAUGGGCAGGUGUCAAAGGUAGAGGGAGUGGCCUGGUGCUGUCAGUACCUCUGCUGCUCAUCAUCAUGACAUCAGAGGCCCGCUCAUCACACCGCUGCUGCCGGCUCACUUCACCCGUCAGACACCAAACAUGGCUUCAGCUGCUGUGGGUGCUGCUGGUGGGGAUUGGCCCGAGCUCGUGGGCCCAGCAGGGCACCCAGCCCCAGUCCAUCAAAAUCGAGGGCGACAUCACCCUAGGCGGGCUGUUCCCCGUGCACUCCCGGGGGCCUGCUGGCGUGCCCUGCGGGGAGAUCAAGAGAGAAAAGGGGAUCCAUCGAUUAGAGGCCAUGCUGUACGCCUUGGACCAGAUCAACAGUGACCCGGAUCUCCUGCCUAACAUCACCCUGGGGGCCCGGAUCCUGGACACCUGCUCCAGAGACACCUACGCCCUGGAGCAGUCGCUCACCUUCGUCCAGGCCCUCAUCCAGAAGGACAACUCAGAUGUGCGCUGCUCAAACGGAGAGCCUCCCAUCAUCCCCAAACCAGAGAGGGUGGUCGGGGUGAUCGGGGCGUCCGGCAGCUCUGUGUCCAUCAUGGUGGCCAAUGUGCUCAGAUUGUUUGCGAUCCCACAGAUCAGCUACGCUUCCACUGCCCCGGAGCUGAGCGACAACAGCCGCUACGAGUUCUUCUCCCGUGUGGUGCCUCCUGACUCGUACCAGGCCCAGGCCAUGGUGGACAUAGUCAAAGCCAUGGGCUGGAACUACGUCUCCACGCUGGCCUCCGAGGGAAACUACGGAGAGAGUGGCGUCGACGCCUUCCUCCAGAUAUCCAGAGAAGCAGGGGGGCUGUGUAUUGCACAGUCCAUAAAGAUUCCCAGAGAGCCCAGACCAGGGGAGUUUGAGAAGAUCAUCAAGAGACUGAUGGAGACCUCUAAUGCUCGUGGGGUCAUCAUCUUUGCCAACGAGGACGACAUCAAGCGGGUGUUGCAGACUGCCAAAAAGGCCAACCUGACAGGCCACUUCCUGUUUGUUGGCUCUGAUAGUUGGGGGGCCAAAAAUUCUCCCAUUCAAGACCAGGAGGAUGUGGCUGAGGGUGCAGUCACUAUCCUGCCCAAAAGAGCUUCUAUCGAUGGGUUCGACCAGUACUUCACUUCAAGAUCUCUGGAAAACAACAGAAGAAACAUCUGGUUCGCGGAAUUCUGGGAGGACGACUUCAAGUGCAAACUAACCCGCCCUGGCAUAAAGUAUGAACUUGGUAGAAGAAAAUGUACAGGUGAAGAAAGAAUCAGUCAACACUCUCAGUACGAACAGGAGGGCAAGGUGCAGUUUGUGAUAGACGCUGUGUACGCCAUGGCCCACGCCUUACACAGCAUGCACAUCGACCUGUGCCCCGGCUACAUGGGUGUCUGCGAAAAGAUGGACCCUGUUGAGGGACGGAUGCUGCUCCAAUACAUUCGCUCUGUCAACUUCAAUGGCAGCGCAGGAACCGGAGUGAUGUUCAAUGAGAAUGGAGACGCUCCUGGGCGUUAUGACAUCUUCCAGUACCAGCUGUCUAAUGUCAGCAACCCCGGCUACAAGGUUAUCGGCCAGUGGACAAAUCACCUGCGCCUCAAUUCAGAGGAGAUGCAGUGGUCAGGUGGUGACCGUAAGAUUCCUGAGUCAGUGUGCAGCUUCCCCUGUGAGUCUGGAGAGAGGAAAAAGAUGGUGAAGGGUGUUCCCUGCUGCUGGCACUGCGAGCUCUGCGAUGGCUACCAGUACCUGCUGGAUGAGUUCUCCUGCGACAUGUGCCCCUUUGACAUGAGGCCCUUAAAGAACCGGACGGGCUGCCGAGCAACACCCAUCAUCAAGCUGGAGUGGAGCUCUCCCUGGGCCAUCAUCCCUGUCUUCCUGGCCAUCCUGGGGAUCUUGGCCACAAGCAGCGUCAUUAUCACCUUCAUCCGCUUCAACGACACGCCCAUUGUUCGGGCCUCUGGCAGAGAGCUCAGCUACGUGUUGCUGACAGGCAUCUUCCUCAUCUACCUCAUCACCUUCCUCAUGAUCGCCGAGCCCAGCAUUGCCGUGUGCGCCUUUCGCAGGCUGCUGCUGGGACUCGGCAUGUGCAUCAGCUAUUCUGCUAUGCUCACCAAGACCAACAGGAUCUACCGCAUCUUCGAACAGGGCAAAAAGUCAGUCACGCCCCCGAAAUUCAUCAGCCCCACCUCCCAGCUGAUUAUCACCUUUAUACUCAUCUCAGUGCAGUUACUUGGGGUGUUCAUCUGGUUUGGUGUGAUGCCCCCUCACACCAUCAUCGACUAUGAGGAACAGAAGCCCCCAAACCCAGAGUUUGCACGCGGAGUCCUCAAAUGUGACAUGUCCGACCUGUCCCUCAUCUUGUGUCUGAGCUACAGUAUCGUACUGAUGAUCACCUGCACUGUGUACGCCAUCAAGAGCAGAGGAGUUCCUGAGACAUUCAACGAGGCCAAACCCAUCGGCUUCACUAUGUACACGACCUGCAUCAUCUGGCUGGCCUUUGUACCGAUCUUCUUUGGCACAGCACAGUCUACAGAGAAGAUGUUCAUCCAGACCACCACCUUGACGGUGUCUAUGAGCCUGAGCGCCACCGUGUCCCUGGGCAUGCUCUACAUCCCCAAGGUCUAUGUCAUCAUCUUCCACCCGGAGCAGAACGUCCAGAAGAGAAAGCGCAGCUUCAAAGCCGUGGUGCAGGCAGCCACUGUGUCCACACACCUGUCCCAGAAGUCCAACGACAAACAGAACGGAGAGUCCAAGAUCGAGCCGGACAGAUCACAGUGAAACUAAUCAAAACUGGGUCCGUGUUUUCCAUCACAUAAUGUCACAAGCAUGCACUGAGACGGCUGAUGAAAAACCAGCUUUUACUUUAGUUUUGGCUGGAUUUUUUUCUUUCUUCCCUUUACUAUGGAU